AUGAUUCAAAAGCAAAUAUAGCAAUCAAAUGAAUGCCAAGGGAUAAUUGGCUAUUUGGGGAAUGAUCCAAAAGCUGAAGAAGUUUGCUUCAAUGGUCUUUAGAGUUUAUCGGUUCCAGGGUAUGAUUCCUGCGGCAUUGUUACAAUCGACCCGUGUCUCAAUGAAAUGAUAAUUCACAAGUAAUCAGAAGAAAAAAGGUUUGGCGCGAUGCCUAUAGAUCUAUUAAUUAAAUAGUGUAGAGGUUAGCACAUUGGAAAUAUCGGUUUAGCUCACACUAGAUGGGCAACUCAUGGAUAAAAAACUCACGAAAAUGCGCACCCUCACCUAGAUCAAAGUAAAAAAAUAGCACUUGUACACAAUGGAUUCAUUGAAAAUUAUCAGUAACUUAUUGAGUAAAAUAUCAUUGACUCUACUUGCAAGCUAUAAAGUGAAACUGAUACAGAGGUAAUAGCCUAAAUAAUUGGAUAGAAGUUUGAUUCAGGAGAAAGCCUUGUUUAGAGCGUCUAUGGGGCUUGUUCUUUGAUCAUUGGAUCAUACAACAUGGCAAUGAUUUGCAAGGAAGAUCCAAACUCUAUUUAUGCCUUCAAAAAUACAGGUUAGAUGGGGAUAGCUAUAAGUAAAGAUAACUAGCAGUGCAUUAUAUCCUCAGAUUUGAAUAUUCUCAACGAAGAAUUUAAGGACUGUGACAUUAGGAUUCUCCCUGAUAAACAAAUAGUGCAAAUAAAAAGAGAUGAAUAGGGCAUUAAUGUCAGCUAUUUUUAAUUUCCAAAAAGCAUUAAUGGACCUACAAUCCACCUCAAACCAGGCAUCGAACACUAUUUUGUCCAAGAGAUGCUUGAACAGCCUGAAGCCGUAUAAAAAUGCUUGAAUUAUGGAAAUAGAUUAGACCCUAAUGAAUACGGAAUGGCUAGACUUGGAGGACUGGAAAGUAAUGAAGAGAAAUUAUUAGAGAUAAAAAAUUUGGUAAUAGCAGCCUGUGGAACAAGUUACUAUGCAUCACUAUAUGGCUAGAGAUUGAUGAGAGAAUUCUAGUGUUUUGACACUAUUGAGGUGAAAAUUGCUUCAGAAAUAGAUAUUAAUGAUUUAAGAAUAGAACAGGGUGGCCUUCUAUCUGUCUCUUAGUCUGGGGAGACCACUGAUUUGCUUUAACCUUUUUAAAUGGCUGGCAAAUUAGGGUUGUUUAGGUUCAACAUUGUUAAUAAUGUAGAAUCUACUCUUGCUAGAGAAGCUAAAUGUGGUUUGUUUCUCAAUGCUGGGAAGGAGUAAAGUGUGGCCUCUACCAAGGCUUUUAUUUGCUAAGUUGUUGCAUUUAGUCUUAUUACAAUGUGGUUUUCUCAGAAGGUCAAUUACAAAUAAACUAAAGAUCUAAGGCAAAAUAUUUAUGGUGAACUUUAAACUCUCUCAGAGAAAGUUAAAGAAGUUGUUAAUGAUUGCAACUAAUUUUCUUAAACUGUUGCAAAAAUGAUUAAAAAUGAAAAUCAUAUUUUCCUCCUUGGAGAGGGAUAUGCAGAGUGUGUAGCCAAAGAAGGAUCCUUAAAAAUGAAAGAAUUGACUUACAAGCAUUGCCAAGCUUACAGUUUAAAUAAUUGUCACAAAGGUUUCUACAAUUAUGCUAAAAAUCACUAGGGUACUUGCGUAUUCUAUGUGAUUUUAGAUGAUGAAUUCAAGGAGCUUUCAUUGAAAUACUUAAAAAGUAUAAAUUAAAGCAUCAAAGCAAGAAUCAUUAUACUUAGUGACAUUUCAAUUCAAGAAGAAAGGGAGGCCCUUCAAAAUCUCUCUGAGAUCCAAUACUGGGUACCUCAUUCUGGAUAUCUUUCAGCGCUUUUGUGCAUUAUUCCAAUUUAGCUUUUAGCAUUUUAAACUGCUCUUGACUAAGGCAGAAACCCAGAUUAACCAAGAAGUUUGACAAAGGUUGUCCUCUGA